GCAAUAUUGAACCGAUACUAUAAAUCAAUCCACGGAGCAUAUCUGCUACACAAACACCCAUAUCCGUUUCCUUUGGAGACCAUCUAGCAAAAUGGCAAGCAGAGCCGCAUUCGAGGUAAAUAUGCUCGCGCAAGGCCUACAGAAGGUGCACAUCUCCAACAUCCAAGCCAGAUACCACGAGGAAGAGACAAGACGACACCAGAUCCAAUCCAGGAAGGAAGACGUAGAAUCCGAAGUCCCACUCCCCCGAGGUGUGCUGCACGAUUUCAAGCUCGAAGCGCCCAAUGGAUUCGACCGGUCCGAGGAAGUGCGGAUGGUUCUCACCUUCUGCGAGAAUCUGUGCAUUGCUAUAAAAGAAAGACAGCGGACUGUGGAGUGGGGUAUUAUGGAGAAAGUAGUCGAGCUCCGGUCUGCGGUGCAUCGGCGGAUUAUCCUGAAUGUGGCACUGGAAGCUGCGGCCGAGGACGAUGAUCUGGUGCUUGCGGCAUGGAUUCUGCAGAAUGAGUGGAAUACGAUAUUGGAUUUCCUGGAGAAGCCGUUCUAUGCUGCUGCGGUGGCGGGGAAUGUUGAGGUUGUGCGUUGUCUGAUGGAUAGGCUAAUGCGGGAUGAUGAGAUGGAUAGGAAGAUCAAUGCUGCGGUGCUGGGGAUCAGAGACACGCACCCGGACGCUGAGGAUCACCUCUGGAUGUAUCGGGUGAGUGUGAUUGUUAGGGCACUUGAUGUUGCCAUUGAUAAAGGGUUCGACGAGGUUGUCAACCUGCUGAUGCCGCUAUUCCAGCACGUUAUCCGAGAUGAGACCGGCUGGCCUGUGUUGCAGUCCUUCAGAGAGGUGACAAUUGGCCGGUAUAUCGAGUUCAGUCGAAAUCAGUGUAUGCACUUGAUCUCUGAACAACGUAUGCCUCGGAUUCUGAGAGACAGUAUUCGGUGCCGUCUUGAGCAUAGCGAGCCGUUUGAUAUUGUCGUUGAAGCCAGCGGUAAAGAAUUCCCGGUGCACCGCGACAUUCUGGUCUUCUGGUCUGGGCUGUUUGCUGCAUGCUAUCUGAAUGGGUUCGCUCGAGCUCCGCUUGGAGAAUAUGUUGCUGCCGAUACGAUGCAGAGGGUGUAUAACUUCAUGUAUUCCGGGAUAUACGACGAUUGCGAGUCAGCAGACAGGGAGAAGGUGUUGAACGACCUUCUACAGGUAGCCACCUAUAUGAUGAUUCCCAAGUUGGCGGACAAAGUUAAAGACCUCCUGAAUAUUGGGCUUGACCUGAGGGAUGAAGAGGACGAUAUCGAGGGGCUUUGUCGUGGUUUGGCCUUUUCGGUUAUGAACGACGAAGACGAGGUUGAUGGACUCUGUCGGGGGUUAUCUUAUUCGCGUAUGUGAGAUAAUAGAACAACCUACACUUAAUAUUCCAUUCUGUUACAAGGAACCAUUACUCUUGCAGUUCGUGGCACUGAUUGGUAUCUCUGCCAUUCGUCUCCAUAGCAAGGUUAGGGGGUCUUUCACAAGCAAUACAUAGAUAUGUUGCAAUGUAAACGUAUUGA